GUGCAUGUUUGGCCUUUACUACAAUAUCACCACAGAGUUCGUACUAAAAAUCAUGUCGAGGGAACUAAAGGCAAUUCGGCGACAGGGUCUUACGCAGGACGAAAAAAAAGCAUUUCGAGAUUAUUAUUUUAGCCUUACGGAGAAGCCGACGCAGAAAGAUCUUAUUGACUGGUUCAAAGAACAUUUUGGCCGAACUCUGGCUCAGUCAACAGUGUCAACUAUUCUAUCUCCUAAGCACGCAUAUUUAGACAGCCAGGACUUUAUUCGAGGAGACCUUAAGCGUAAUCGUACACCAAAAUAUCCGGCUUUAGAGUCAGCACUGUUCGAAUGGCAGCAACAAGAGGAAAAGCGGUCUGGCACCGUUAGCUGCGAUCAGUUACGGUUGGCUGCUUUGGAUAUUUGGAAAACAAUUCCAGAGUAUCAAAAUAUUCCAACUCCCUCAUUCAGUAAUGGCUGGCUAGAGAAGUUUAAGAGGAGGCACCCAUUGUCAGAGUUUUAUAAGGAACCUGAUCCAUUAAUGGCUGAUGUAAUUAAUACCAACAAGAUCUCAGUCCAAGAAGUGGCUAAGCAUUAUUCUCCGAGUGACAUUUUUGUUAUGGACGAGGGUAGUCUCUUUUGGAAGCUCACUCCUCAAAAGUUCAUCUCUAUCGAAAACGUCUUAGGCAUCCAGCGUUACCGAGCUAGGUUCACAAUAACUUUAUGUUGCAAUGCUGAUGCUUCCGAGCGUUUACCGCUUUGGGUUGUUGGCUAUUCAAAACGUCCGAAAGCUUUUCGAAAUCCGAACGUUUAUCCAGAGGCUAUGAAUGUGCAAUGGCGAUCAAAUGGUACAGCUUGGGUCACUAAUUCUCUCAUGGAAGAAUGGCUACGCUGGUUUGAUGAAAAAAUGAAAGGUCGCAAAGUCUUACUUUUUCUUGAUAAUCUUUCCCCUCAUGAAUGUGCUUUAGAAGCUAUCAGAAAUGCUAACCACAGCUUGAAGCAUGUUAAAGUAGCAUUUUUACCAUCCGAAUCUAGUAAUAUUACCCAUCCAUUUGAUUGUGGGAUAAUGGAGGCAUUCAAAACACACUAUCGUCUACGGUGGGCCAGAUACAUGUAUAGUGAAAUGGAAGCAAAAAAAGAUCCUCUUAGAACAAUUACUGUUUAUAAAGCUCUUCAGUGGAUUAUAGAAGCUUGGCAUGUGGAUAUUUCAAAGGAAGAUCUUAUCACCUGUUUCCAGCGUUCAGGCAUUUUUGUAGCUAAUGGCAAGCCUAAGCGAAUCAUUCCUUAUAGUCUCAUUGCUGAAAUAGAAAAUAUUUUACCAAGGAUCUGCCCUCCGCCAAUGUGCUCAAUCGAGGAGUUUGUAAUGCCAGCUGAGGAAGAGGUCGUCGACAGUAAAGAGGAUGUCGUUAAUCAGGUAGCCUCGCAAUUUUUACCUGAAAGAGAUCAGGAAACAGAUGAAGAGGAAGAAAGUGGUAUUUAUGUGUCCCCAAACGAGGCUCUGUCCGCUUUGAAUACAUUUAUGCAAUAUUAUACUCAACAGUCAAAUGAGGACGGAAACAUUAUCCCUACACUUCUUCGUUUUAGAAGACAAUUGCAAGGCUUAGCUAAUCAUAGUCAAACCUAUUAGAUGCAUUACACUUUACCAUAUGUCAUUUUAUGGUCGCUUCUUCCCUUUGCUUCCGUUCAUGAUUCAUCCCUGUUAGUGUAACGAAUAUAAAGAUUUUAUGGUUUAUCAAGUGUCUCUAUGAAGUUAUGUAUUACGAGUAGUUUAUUAAUUAUUGAGAAAAAAUAUAUAAACACUUCAUCUAUCUGCUAGAAGCUUAAAGUUUCAAGCAAAUGCUUA